AUGCCGUACUGCCUAUCUCUACUUCGCGCGCGCAUCCCUUCAACCGUCCAGCUCGCUGCCCGACCGCUUUCAACCACAUCCGUCCUGCGCGGUGACGACAGCAAGUCCGCAAUCCCAUUUGCCACAGGCCCAGCUCCUCCACGCCUCCCAAAAGAAGAGCAGGAAAUCUUCGAAGAUCUUCAGCGCCGUUCUACUGGUGCCUUCAGCACACCCCAGGUCAAUCAGUCUCCACAAUCCACACCGGAGAUCAAGGUGAACGGUAGUGGUGAGGAGCUGCAUCCUGAUGCGCCGGCCGGACUCAAGCCUGAAUUUGAGGGCGAGACAAAUCCUAAUACUGGGGAGGUUGGUGGACCGAAGAAUGAACCGUUGAGAUGGGGUGCUGGUGGUGAUUGGAGUUAUGGCGGGCGGGUUACUGAUUUCUGA